CGCCAUGCCUUAACGUGUUAAAUUACCUUUUAAAAGAAAUAUCUACUGUUGUUUUCUGAUAAAAUUGAAGUACAAAACCAUUUUUAUUGAUGGUUUCAAUGGCAGAAGAUUUGAACUUCGAAGAAAGUUAUAUAAGUGUAGGAUGUAACAGGAAUCCUUUUAGUGUUGAUUGGGGAAUCGACGAUACUCUUGCCUAUUCAGCCUGUAAUUCCAUUGCUUUAGUAAAAUUUCCCAAGAGUUGUAACCAAUAUACUGGGGAAAUAUUCUGUUUGCUAACUGGUCAUAAGAAAAAUAUCAGUUGUAUUAAAUGGAUUGUCCAUGAAGACAAAGGUUUAAAGAAUGAACUAAUAUCUGGUGAUAUUGAUGGUACUGUUAUAUUGUGGACACAGAAUGGAGAUAAGGUUACAACAAUUGGUUGAAAGGUUUACUAAUGGGUCACACUGCAACCAUAAUUAAUGUUUUUGGAUUAUCCUAUGACUACAGAACUCUGUUUGCCACCUCUUCUGCUGAUUCAACUAUCAAAGUUUGGAGUAGAGAUGCACUAGAAGAGGUGAAUUGUAUUGAAACUAUAAGUUUGGAUGGUGGAUUUGCAUUUUCAAUAUCUCUUGUGGUUUCUUCAAAUGUCCCUAUACUUGCAUGUGGUCGGGAAAACUGCAUCAUAUCUCUUUAUUAUGAACAUGAUUCAAAGUUCAUUCUCACUUUAAAUCUUUAUGGGCAUGAAGAUUGGAUACGAGAUUUAAACUUUACGCAUUUGGAUAAUAAUGACAUAAUGUUAGCAAGUUGUUCACAAGAUCAUUUUAUCAGAGUUUGGCGCAUUAGUCAUGGCAGUGAUGAUUACAUGAAAUCUGACGAAAAUAAAAAUGAAGAUAAUAUGGAACCAUUGGAGUUGACCUCAAGUAAAAUGACAAUAAUUGACAAUGGAGUGUCUUUAAGUUAUUUUGUUGUUUUGGAAACAAUCUUAUCUGGUCAUGAAGGAUGGGUAUACAGUGCCCGCUGGCAUCCUAAAAUAUCUCAAAAUGGUAAGGACCAUCAACCAUUGUGUUUAUUGUCAUCUUCCAUGGAUAAAACUAUGGUUAUAUGGACUUUUGAUGAUGAACUUGGUGUAUGGAUGGAUGAUGUUCAUGUUGGUGAAGUUGGAGGUAAUACUCUUGGUUUUUAUGGUGGGGUAUUUAACCCCUAUGGUGAUGUGAUCCUUGCUCACAGUUACCAAGGAUCCCUUCACAUGUGGAGGAAAGAAUUGGAGUCAGGUUGUUGGCAAGCUAUUGCAACCAAGAGCGGUCACUUUGCUCCAGUUCAGGAUAUUGACUGGGAACCAGAAAAUGGAGAAUUUCUUGUCUCAGUCAGUACAGAUCAAACAACAAGAAUACAUGCUCCAAGACAGAGGUCUGGUUCAGAGGCAACAUGGCAUGAAGUUGCUCGUCCUCAGAUUCAUGGUUAUAACAUGAAAUGUCUGACUGUGAUCUCAAAAUAUUGUUUUGUAUCUGGAGCUGAUGAAAAGGUAAUUCGCGUCUUUCAAGCUCCCAAAAGUUUUAUCAACAUGUUCAGUGGUGUUUGUACAGAGGCUGAUGAAAAUAAUGUGGACAAUAAAGCUUUGGGAGCCACUGUCCCUGUAUUGGGUUUAUCAAACAAAGCUGUUUUUGAUGAUGAGCUAAAAAAUUUAAAGAGUGAUCUUGAAGACCUAAAACGACCAAUGAAGGCAUCUGUAUUUGCAAGUGAAGAACCAUCAUCGUUUUGUCCAUAUUUAUCUUCAGAACUUCCUACAGAAACCACUUUAAUGAAAAGCACUCUAUGGCCGGAAACUCAAAAACUAUAUGGUCAUGGCUAUGAAAUUUUCUGUGUUUCUUAUGACCCUCAUUCUAAACAUUUAGCAUCAGCCUGUAAGGCUUCAAAAGCUGAACACGCUAACAUAAUUAUUUGGGAUACUUUAACAUGGAAACAAUUGUGUUGUCUCCCUGGUCAUACUUUAACUGUAACACAAAUGGAAUUCUCACAUAGUGGACGUUUUUUACUGUCUGUAUCGCGUGAUAGAACGUGGUGUUUAUUUGAAAGAUUUGAUAAAUUAAAGACCUACAAAUUGUCAGCUAAAUACGACAAGAAAUGCAAAAUAAUAAGUCGAGUUAUAUGGUCAUGUUCGUGGACACCAGAUGAUAUUUUUUUCAUGACUGCAUCAAGGGACAAGCAGGUUGUUGUGUGGGUGAGAAAGAGUGAAGAAAACUGGACACCAGUUGGUUCAUCGCUUGAUGCUGGCGAGCCUGUAACAGCGGUUGCUGUUUCUCCUAAUACUUCAUGUUACCUUGUGGCAAUUGGACUAGAGUCGGGAAAGAUUCAAAUGUACAAAUGGAGCAUUGUAAAUGGUUGGAAAAUGAUGAAUAAUAAUUCUACCUUAUCUCAUACUGGAACUGUUACACGAUUAAAAUGGCGACCUUCAUACACUAGCAAUGUUCUGUAUCUUGCUAGCUGUGCUGCUGAUAACUCCGUAAAAAUACAUAAAAUUUUAAUGACAUGAAAUCAUUCUUAUGUUUAAAAAUUUUUUUUAAAAAAGCAAAUACCAUCGUGAAUGGUUAAAAUAAUAACGCAAAAAUUCUUAAAAGAACAUUUCAAAAGCGGAACACUAACCCUACAAUUCUAAAAUAACUGUUUUCAAACAGCUCUUUGAAGAACUAUUGCGUUAUUAUUUUGAACAUUCACUAUGGUAUUUGCUCUUUUUAAAACAAUUUUUAAAUUUGUCACCACGACAAAGUCUCUACUCUUAUGUUUUAUCGUAUAUUUUACAUGGAAAGUUAUUAAACGAACGAACAUGUAUA